GGAACCUAGGUGCGAGGAAGUUUCUAAUUGGUCGAUCCUCCAACCUCGGUUAUAACGUUGUUCACAAGAGAUGAAAGGCCUUCAGGUCUGUACAGAGACCCCUCGUGUUUUUUCCAUUAGUGCUCACUGAAUCGCAUCUCGUGGCGAAGAAGGGCUAGCAAUUCACGUCAAUCACGUGCCAUCCGAAGAGAUCCAGUUCGACUCCUGUCGAGUCUGUUCAUCCUGAUGCCCCCUCGUCGUCGUUACUGGUUAGGAUUGCAUAGUUGUCUUGCGACAAACAAAGCUGUGAGUUGCGCAAUUGUGGUGAGGAGAUGUCCAAUUUUCACAUGUUUUGGUUGUAGUCCGCGCAUCUUUCGUUCGCAGCUAACAAACUUCGGCAAUACGGUUAGAAUCUCAGACAUUUUAAGAAGAUCGAAGCAACACGAAGGUUUCGCUUAGGAAUUCGCAACAAAGCCCAUAGGCGCUACACGAUGCAGACGGCAUUGCUGAAAUCCUGUGUGCAGGGCAGACUUUGCAGCCCUAAUUUUUCAUCAUCGUUGGGAGCGCAGUUUCGGCAUGGUGCUGGAUCCCUUGUUGCGCAACAGCUGCCCCUGCGACGCUCUGUCGGGGGUGAGGCCAUUACUGCUGCCGCAGCGGAGCUUUCCUCCUCAGCUUCUUUGUUUUCUGGGUUGUCUGUCCGCAGUGGGCUGCUUGCGUCGAAAGUGCAACCAAAAGCUCAUGUUGGCGGGUCUAGGGUGCGAGCGAGCGGCGCAUACAGCAAGGAUGCUUUCGUUAAUGAAAGAGAGGCGAGCACGCUGGCGCAGGUCUCCAAGCGUUUGGAACGGACGGCGGGCUACUUCAAGAGGCUAGGGCAGCUGGGAUUCUGGGGGCAGCUAGUCUGCACUGUCGUAUCUGCUGUAAUUCUUGCAUUCUCUGUCGUCAUCACUGGUCAAGCCACGGCUCCAGUCUCAACCUACCUCACUGCAGGUGGCAUCGCCGCAGCAUUUUUAUCUGUGUUCUGGUCGUUCGGAUACAUUCGGCUAUCUCAGCGACUACGAAACGCAGUUGAUAAUCCCACUAAGGCACCCCCGCGGGCAGAAGUGGUCAAGAAUUUGAAGAACGGAAUUGUUAUCAAUUUGCUUGGUCUGGGAUCGUCACUGUUGGGCCUGCAAGCGACUGUGGGAGUCCUAGUUGCAAAAGCUCUUACUUCCUCUAGUGCUCCAUAUCUACAAGGAUCAACUCAAGGCUUUAGUCCAGUUCUUGCCCUUGAUGUCUUUCUUGUACAAGCUUCCGGCAAUGCGCUGUUGUCGCACUUUUUGGGGCUAGUGUUUGCUUUGGAACUUCUCCGGUCAAUUACUCUUGCUCAACCACCCUCAGAGAAUGCGGUUCCCAAGGCAGCUUGAUGGGUCUACAGAUGAGGAGCAUGCAUUGAAUUCAACUGCCCAUUGUGCAGUCACGUGUAAUUUUUACAAAUUUUAAAGCUGCACCGACAAUUUAAUGCACGAAGCUUUCAUAAGCAACUCAGUGGAUUCCUGGCCCUUUCAUGCUUCACUUCAUGUAGCAACAACUUCAGAUUUGUUAGAAUGCGCUUAGUUCAUGUCAACCACUUGUUUUAGUCUCUUCCCUUAUGUCUGUUUACUUCUAUUAUGUUAUGUACAAAAUGAUUUUUUUGUGUA